AUGCGUCGGCUGUCGGUGUCUCUGCUCACGGCGGGGGUGUUGUCUGCGUGUGUGGCAUAUCUGCUGAUUAGCUUUCCAUAUCCACCCACCCCGCCCGCAGUGCAUGCAUCGCUGUCGACCGUGCCACAGGCCUGGGCUGUCUACUCGGAGGACUUCUAUCCGGGCGGGGAUUAUGCCACCCUUCCUCAUGGCAAGGAAGAUGGCGAUAAGGUGGUCCUCAUACACGGACUCUCCAUUCCAGCUAUCAUAUGGAAGAACUAUUUAUACGGAAGAGGAUACUCCGACGCGCCACAAGUCACCUACGACGUAUCCCUAUACACGACCCAGCUCGCUCUGUUAAUGCAACAUGUCCACUGGGACAACGCCCACAUAGUCGGACUCUCGAUGGGAGGCGGCAUCGCAGCUGCAUUUGCCACUCAAUUCCCUCAGUUGGUGAACGGGAAGGUUUCUCUGAUAGCUUCGGCGGGCAUCAUCGAGUCGAACGAUAUUUCUAGAACGGCUAAAAUCAUGUCAUCACCGCUCACACAGAUCUUCUCAUCUCUCCCACCUUUUCAGUAUUACAUGCGUCGUCUUGCCAACUCGUCCAGCUUAUCGCAGACAAACAUUGAUCCCAUCCAAGAGAUUGUCAGGUUGCAGUCCGCUCAUCUUCCAUACUACAAUGCCGCCGUUGCAUCUAGCCUACGUGAUGGCCCAGUGCGAGGACUUGAAAGCUCAUUUGCAGCGCUUUCCAAUUCAUCUAUACAAGUUGUUCUCAUUCAUGGUACAGCUGACAAAACCGUUCCAUACAAAUACACCUGCAAGAUCCUCGCACUCGUUCCACAUGCAUAUCUCCACACCGUCGAUGGCGCCGGACACGACAUCACUGUUACCCAUGGGAAGCUGGUCGCAAAGAUCUUGUCAACGAGGAGGACCACAUUCAUACCCUCAGGCACAUGUUACAACCAAAAUAACGGCGACCAGCAUGUACUUGUGUAA